AUGGAUCAAGAAAGAAAGAAAGAAAGAAGAAUGCGCCCUGCAAAGAAGUGUCCAUGGUCUCGUGAAGAAGAUUUGCUUCUACUCAAACAUGUUCAGACUUAUGGCGAAGGAGGAUGGUCUCAUCUUCCACAGAAAGCAGGUUUAGUUGGAAGAAGUCCACAGAGCUGUAGAUUCAGGUGGAAAAAUUAUCUGCAUCCUGACAUCAAGCAUGAAGCCAUUUCUGCUGAGGAGGAAGACCUUAUCAUUCGCCUCCACCGGCUUGUUGGAAAUAGGUGGUCACUGAUAGCUGGUAGAGUAACAGGAAGAACAAAUAACCAGAUAAAGAAUUUCUGGCACAAUAAAAUGCGCAAAAAACACAGAGCUUCAGCCAAUAAUGUUCAAUCUGAAACAAGCAGCACGCAUGAAGAAAGUCUUGUAACUCAUCAAGUUGAUUGCACGCCCAAGGAUAACACCACUAUUAUUAGUGAUGGCUUUGAAUUCAUAGAUAAUUUCAUGGAGAAUGAUUCAUUGAAUCCAAUGACAGAAGAAAUGGCUUUCACUGGGGUUCCCCAGAUAGAACCUUCUUACUCUGAGUUGCUGGAAACAAUGGAGAUCUUCCAAGGCAAUGGCAAUUCUACUGUAAAUCCUAACCAUAUGUGGACAAUGUGA